AUGGCGCCCAAGCAAGAAGGGCGGCACAUAUCCACGCAACUCCGCCGUGAGGAGCGGGGAUUAUCAUGGAAAUCAGCGGCGACGAUAGACCGACAGCGGGGCCGUAAGAAAGCCCGCAAACAGAAGAAGCGCCGCGAACAAUAUGAGCACGCUGGCAGGAGAACUGAGGAGGCUUGGCCGCCCCCACCACCUCCACCAGGACCUCGUGCGGAGGCGAGACAUCGUGAAGCUGAAGAGCUGCCGUACGACUUGGAGGAGCCCUCGCCUUCAGGGCUGAGGGCUCCCUCCACUGCGGCUGCUUCCAGCAGCCAGGGCCCAGCACGGGAGGAGCCCUCGCCUUUAGGGCUGAGGGCUCCACCCCCUACUGCUGCUGCAUCCAGCAGCCAAGGCUUACCUUUGCAACGACUUCCAGAAGCUGAAGAGCCACCGGUGGACCAGGACGACUCCAGCAACUGUCUUCAAUCUGACAGCAGUGAGACACCACAGCCUGCAGUCGCGCUGAAAGAUCGCCCAAGUGACUUUGGCCCUCUUCUUCAUGAGGAUGGCCUAAUCACUUUCUUAUGUGCAGCUGCGCCCCAGGUGAAGCAUCCGGUGAACCACUACCAGUGCCUUCCGGAAAGCCUUGAAGUUUACCAUGACUUUGUCACUGGUGGGCGAACAAAAGCUGCUCGAGCGAGACGGCUGGGUUUCGGAAAGUCCCGGACAGUUUACGUUGACCCUGGCUCCUCGGAACACGUUCUGAAGUUGGCGCCCCCACAAGGCCACGGGCCAGAACCGGAAGCUUGGAGACGGCUCCCUCAUAUAGUGCCGUGCACUUUGGAUGCGGGUAUUCACCUGCUCACGCUUUCUUGGAAGAGCUGCUAUGAUAUCAUCUCCACGCAUGUUUUGAGGCAGUCUAGGCUCACUCCACUUUCGGUGUGGAGGCCAGCUCCGCCGGACCUUGAUAUGGUCCGCUACAUGAUGGCACUGACUGCGGAGGCCUCCCGUUUCUACAAUCUCAAGGAUCUUGGCUUUUUCAACUUUGGUGUUGAUGCCCGUGGCUUCAUUAUGAUGUGGGACACCGCAGACUGGCUUCCAUGGGAGGGUCAAAGGGCACACUGGCCGAACAGACAGCGUGCUUCGGCUUUCUGGAGCGCGGUCAAGAGGAGUGUUCCAGACCACUUUCAGGAGCUACUCCAGCUUGUCAGCAACGCCUCGCCUGAGGAGGUGCUGCAACGGCUACGACCACUCCUUACGCAGCACUACAAGUGGUGCCUGCUACAGCAGGGAGUUUUCCUUGGUGACUAG